AUGCGUUUCGUCACUCUUGCUCUGUUCGCUUCGUCUGUUUUAGCUUUUCCUGCUAAGCAAGACAUCUUACCCACCAUCGUCUUCACACCUGGAGCAUGGCACGGAACGUGGGCCUUCGAUACUGUCCGAAGCCAGCUCGAAACUCUCGGUUACCCGACUGAGGCUGUUGCUCUACCUUCCGUGGGCUCCAACAAUCUGACUGUUGGUCUUACAGAGGACGCAUCUGCUUUACGCGCCGAGCUAACGACACUCACCAAUGCCGGGAAGGAUGUCAUCAUGGUCGUUCACUCUUAUGGUGGAGUGGUUGGCACCAAUGCCGUUGAGGGCCUGGGCUACGCUGAACGUGCUGCUGCUGGUCUUUCCGGAGGUGUUAUCAUGUUGAUCUACAUGACCGCAUUCGCCGUGCCCAAGGGAACUAGCUUAUUGGAUGGACUUGGAGGAUCAUAUUUGCCAUGGAUGACCUUGGGAGAUGAUGGCUUCGUCACCCCCGCAACCCCAGAAACUAUCUUCUAUGCCGACGUCACCGACGCUGCACUCGUAGCCAAGGCCGUUGCUGGUCUCGAGCCUGAGCCAGCCCGCAUUUUCUCCGACAAGACCACUUAUGAGCCAUGGAACCAGGGGGUCGAGGUCGGGUUCUUCUUUAUGGAGUUGGAUCAAGCCAUUCCUAUCGCAACCCAAAAAGCCAUGGCUUCCCAAUUCCCAGCUGAUUCCUUCACCUACACCAUGAACAGUUCUCACUCACCGUUCUUGAGCAUGCCUCAGAAGCUUGCCGCUGGUGUUGUUGCUGCCUCCAAAGAUGCUCUUCUCAAGAAAGUCCUGUAA